AUGAUUCGAACCUAUCACAUUCCACAGGGAAUUGCAGGAGCAACUCUCAUGGCAGCAGGGACGUCUGCACCUGAAUUGAUCUCAUCUCUUAUUGGGGUAUUCGUGGCCAAGAAAGUCGACACGGGAGCGGGCACUGUGAUUGGCAGUGUUAUUUUCAACCAGCUUGUUAUCAUUGGUGGGAUUAUCACGGUUUCACCUGGUCGGCGAGUGGUUGUAAACGGACUCGACAUGGUUCGUGACAUGGUCUACUAUGCCAUCAGCAUCGCACUUUUCUGCGCUUUCUUUAACGAUGGGAAGGUUACCUUAGGAGAAGCCUGGGGCUUCACAGUAGCCUACAUCGCAUACGUGGCCAUCUGUGGCAACUGGACCAUGAUCGAUGUCUGGAUCAAGAAGCGAUUCGGCAAGGAUUCAACUCCCAUCCCGACAGUGGAGAUGAAGGAGGAGGACAAGUACAAGUCAAACACGGCCAUGGACUCCUUCUACCCACAGAGUGCCUCGGAAUCUGAAAGCGCCAUGUCCUUCCACUUGGACAUGCCUCAGCCUGUCCUCCAUCACGCCGCUGUCAGUGGCAAGGCCUUCGGAGCUGAACCUGCUGGCGAGCCUGAGGAGGGCUUGGCGGUACCUCACAUCCAGGGAGCCCCGGUUCCCUUCGGCCACCAUGUUCAAGUGCCUCACAUUGGGAACUCGCUCACUGCCCAGUACGUCCCCCCUGCCCACCUUCCGCCGAACCAUGCUGCUCUGACCGGGGUUCAGCUCAGCUCCAGACGCCCGCAGGCAGUAGAGAGCUUCUUGUCUGUGGCAUCGACCGAUGGCGGCGUCAGUGGCACUGCCCACGAGGAGAGAAAUCUCAUCAACCGUCGUGAGCUCCACACCAAGUCAUGGAAUGACGCUGCGUACACCCCCGACGAGCACGAGGAGCCGAUCAGCCCAUGGGAGGAGUACGAGAUUGUGAUGGCUAGCGAUUCGCUGAUCAGAAAGAUCUACUUCUUCAUCGAGGUUCCAUGGAUCGCAGCCGUCUAUCCCAUCAACUCUUGGUUCUUCUACAACCACUGGCAUGUGACCAACUUCUUCCUGUGCCUGGGCUGGUUCACCCUAGUCUGCAUGUUCUUGAUGUUCUGGCUACAGAAGGCAGGCUGCGUGAUUGGAAUCUCUGCUGGAGUGAUGGGAGUGCUGUUCGGAGCUGCAGGAACGUCCCUGCCUGAUUGCUUGUGCUCGUUGUACAUGGCCAAGAAGGGUCAGGGUACCAUGUCGUUCACCAACGUCUGGGGCUCCAACGUGUUCGACAUUCUUUUUGCUCUGGGUAUCCCAUGGAUGCUCUCGAUGCACGUGUAUGGGGGUACGAUCCAGGUGGAGAACUCACAAGGAUUGUCAAUCUGGAUGAGCGUUGUUUUCAUCCUCUUCUGCGUUCAAGCUUUGAUCUCCAAGUUUCACUUCAACAUGUGGCAUGGGAGUGGGUAUCUUGCUAUUUAUGGUCUCUUUAUCAUCUACAACUUCGUGAACGACAAAUACAAAUUCGCCAAUUAA